CUCCAUCCCCUUAGUCUCCCAAAAUCCGCCAUAACCAAACAUCUCUCGAGCUCUCCCCAAGAGACCGAACAUGGCGGCAGAGAUGGCUCUCGUAAAACCCAUUUCGAAAUUCAACAAUGUAACUCCGAAAUUCGUCAUUCCGAGGAGCUUUUCCAAGUUCAACUCCGUACGAAUGUCUGCCACUACUUCGAAGCCAGCCGGCAAGAAGGGCUCUAAGACGGGUAUCAAAGAGACCCUUUUGACGCCGAGGUUUUACACUACGGAUUUCGAUGAAAUGGAGACCCUUUUCAACACUGAGAUCAACAAGCAGUUGAACGAGGCCGAGUUCGAAGCUCUGCUUCAGGAGUUCAAGACUGAUUAUAACCAGACCCAUUUCGUGAGGAACAAGGAGUUUAAGGAAGCUGCUGAUAAAAUGCAAGGCCCUCUUAGACAAAUCUUUGUGGAGUUCUUGGAAAGGUCCUGCACUGCUGAGUUCUCUGGCUUCCUUCUUUACAAAGAGUUGGGAAGAAGACUCAAGAAAACCAACCCAGUUGUGGCUGAGAUAUUCUCUCUCAUGUCCAGGGAUGAGGCCAGGCAUGCUGGGUUUCUGAACAAGGGUUUAUCUGAUUUCAAUUUGGCUUUGGACUUGGGAUUCUUAACGAAGGCAAGGAAAUACACAUUCUUCAAGCCAAAGUUCAUCUUCUAUGCCACAUAUUUGUCUGAGAAGAUUGGGUACUGGAGAUACAUUACCAUAUACAGACAUCUUAAGGAGAAUCCUGAGUACCAGUGCUAUCCAAUUUUCAAGUACUUUGAGAACUGGUGCCAGGAUGAGAACCGUCAUGGCGAUUUCUUUUCUGCACUCAUGAAAGCGCAGCCUCAGUUCCUCAACGACUGGAAGGCAAAGCUGUGGUCUCGAUUCUUCUGCUUAUCGGUGUAUGUGACAAUGUACCUGAAUGAUUGCCAAAGAACAGCUUUCUAUGAAGGCAUUGGGCUCAACACAAAAGAAUUUGAUAUGCAUGUCAUCAUUGAGACAAAUCGCACAACAGCUCGAAUUUUCCCUGCUGUUCUAGAUGUUGAGAACCCCGAAUUCAAGAGGAAACUGGACAGAAUGGUGGUGAUUAAUGAGAAGCUGCUUGCUGUUGGGGAGACUGAUGAUAUUCCCUUAGUGAAGAACUUGAAGAGGAUCCCACUUGUUGCUGCAUUGGCCUCUGAGAUCUUGGCUGCUUAUCUAAUGCCGCCUAUCGAGUCAGGAUCUGUUGAUUUUGCAGAAUUUGAACCGCGUCUAGUGUACUAAUUUUUUGUUCCUUCCUUCAUUUUCUUUGUACAAGUUUCUUCUCAUCCAUGGCUACUGUAUGAUAGAGUGGAACAUGUUCUGUAGAGGGUCUCUUACAAUCUUGUAAUAAUAGAACAUAUUCAUGGACUUUGCCUUAUCUUUUGUUUUUUUUUCUUCAUAUUUUAAGAUUAAAUCUUGGUGAUU